AUGCCAUGGCUUAUGAUAGGGGAUUUUAAUGAAGUCCUUUGUGAUGAGGAUAAAUUUGGAGGGAACCAAAUUAACAUUAAUCGAGCUAUGGAAUUUAAAACUUUUCUAGAUUCCUGUAGUUUUGUUGACUUGGGAUUUGUGGGGCCCAAAUAUACUUGGACAAAUAAGAGACAAUUAACAGACUUAAUAUUGGAAAGGAUAGACCUAUGUUUUGCUAACCCCCUCUGGAGAGUUCUCUAUCCUGAAGCAGCAGUAACUCAUUUACCCAGAACUUAUUCUGAUCAUCACCUAGUUUUGAUUGAACUCUGGAAGCCCCAGACUGAUAGAGCUAACAGACCUUUUCGCUUUCAAAGUAUGUGGCUGUUACAUCCGGAAUUUCCGAGGGUGGUCAAAGAAGCUUGGUCUGAAGGAGGUUCCUUGCACCCGGCUACUGUGGAAUUUACAAGGAAGGUGAGGAAAUGGAAUUCUGAGGUUUUUGGGAAUCUCUUUGCUAGAAAGAGGAGAGUCCUAAAUAGACUGAGUGGCACUCAAAGAGCUUUAGCGAAUAAUCCUAGUGAGUCACUACUUCGGCUUGAGAAAUGGUUAAUUGAGGAAUACUCUUCUAUCCUCCUCUAG